CCGCACCGACGCACCGUGUCACGAGCGCAUCUCCGGUUCAUGAAUAAUUAAUGACCCGCUCGCGUGCCGACCGUGUGCACACGCGACCAGCUCUCGAGCCGUGCAAAGGAGGCGUGUGCCGCCCCAUAACCACGCCGCGUUUCGCUGCUCAUUCCCCCUCGAAUACCCUGUCCUCACACGCUGAAAUAUUUCGAUUGCGUGUAGAAUUUGAUGUCCUCUAUGUUGACAUGUAAGUACGUGUCGAGUGCCAAGCCCACAGUGCCCUAGCGAGAUAGAAUCUCAUUUUGACAGCCAGACUCGGCGAUGUAGGACACAGCGUAUACACGUCAGCAGGGUGAACUGUGAUUCGAGUUUUCAAGAUGUCGUCUCAGUUCGAUUACAAGGGAGAGGUCUCGCUCUCCUCCGUGAGAUCAUCCUACGGCUGCGAGAUUUCGCGAGGUUUGUGUGGCUCCCCAAACCGAGGCUCGGCCUCGCCUUCGUCCGCUGCAUCCGGUGACCAGCCAGACCCAAGCUACGUCUUCUUUGAUGCCUUGCUUCCGAGCAACAUCAUGUCCAUCCUGAACGAGAUGAGACUAGCGGCUGAGUGUACGGAUACCGUUCUCUGCGUCGGCUCACGGGAGUUCAGCUGUCACCGCGCCCUGCUGGCUGCUGCCAGCCCGUACUUCAGGGCAAUGUUCACUGGCGACUUGAGAGAAAGCUACGAGAGCCGGAUCUCCCUCCAUGACCUUUGCCCCCGGAUGGUGGGUCACCUGAUCGAGUUUGCCUACAAAUCUCGCGUCCUCAUCACGGAAGACAACGCCGAGGAACUGUACAUCACCGCCAACUUUCUCCAGUUCGAGCAAGUGGCUAAAUCAUGCGAGGAGUUCCUCCAGCGCAACAUCAGCGCCGGGAACUGCCUCAGUCUCGCGAGAUUCGCCGAGACUUACCGAUGUUUGCCGCUGCAGAGGGACGCGGAGAGAUUCGUCCUGGAGCACUUCGAGGAGGUCUCACAGGGAAGCGAAUUCCUGGAUCUGAGAUUUGACCAACUGGUGGCGUACAUCCGUCAUGACGAGCUUGCUGUCCAAUCGGAGAAGGUCGUGUAUGAUGCUGUCCUGAGAUGGAUCAGAUCAAACUCAGAGGAGCGCGCCCUCUUCCGUCCAGAGCUACUCCGUUCGAUCCGUCUUCCCCUCAUCGAAGAGGACAUCCUGAGUGAGAUGUUGUCCGGGCGAGACGAAGACUAUCUCUCAAAGUCCAGACACUGCGCCGACGUCCUGAAGGAAGCCAAGUGCUGUCAGUGGUUGAUGAAGCGGGGCUACCGCGUGCUCGGCCCAGGGACCUCACCCCGGAGCCCAGGUCGAAGGUCAGAGGUUAUCGUCCUGGUGGGAGGUCAUCAGAAAGGUCGAGAUGGGGAGUACAUCUACAGUGAUGAGGUGUACUGCAUGGAUGCUCACGAGGCUGUCAGGUCCUCGUAUCCAAGAUGGUACCCUCUUGCCCGGAUGCCACACCACAUGAAGAGGAAAUACAGUGUCGCAGCACUGGGCUCUGAUAUUUUUGUCACCGGUGGUUACGACACGGUGUGUGAGCAAUCAUCUCGCCUCGUGUGGCGGUAUUCCUUCUCUCGCAAUCGAUGGAAGCCCGUAGCAAGCCUGCUAGACGCCCGUCACUCCCACGGCUCUGCCUCGCUCAACGGUCGCUUCUACGUCGUGGGCGGCAAAACCUCCUUCCAAAACACCCGGCUUGAUUCUGUUGAAUGCUACAAUCCAUUCGCCGACGAGUGGAAACCGCUUGCUCCUCUGCCAAUCGCCGUCAGCGUUCCAUCGGUGGUUGGCUACCACGGAAGGCUGUACGUGAUUGGUGGAGCCACACAGGAUGAGUGCGCAUGCUCGCACAUCCAGUGCUACGACCCAAUCACGGACGUGUGGUCGUUGCUGCCCGAUUUGGAAUUCUCCCGGAAGACCCUGCGCGUCGCCACUGCGCACGACGGGCGGAUCUUCGUCCUGGGCGGGCGGAAACCUCGCGAGGUUUCGGAAAUCUCGGUGGAGACCGGCGACGAGUGCCCUCAUGAACCGUCCAAUGAGCAGCGAACCUUUCCCGGGGUCACCGUAGCGGGCGACAGACUCUGGGUUUUUGGCGGGAAGAUCGGCGAGGAGUCCAGAAAUUGCGCCGAGUACUACGAUCUGCGGACGAACACGUGGACUACAUUGGUAGGGUUUCUGCCUAAAGCACUGUAUAUGCACGGAUGUGUAACCAUAGAAGAUGUAGCUUGAGUAAAAUAAUCAUUAAUUAGUAAACUUUACAUUAUUGUAAAGAAGAAUGUAAAAGAUUAAAUGACUUCCUUAUUCUGCCGUCCUUGGGGCCCAGAGCUAAAUCAAUAAGUUAUAGCAGAGGCAGCAAAAAUCAUUUAGGUCUAAUACUUUUUAAUAACUUUUUAAUAAAUAAGUUGCCAGGCAUAAUAUGGGGCAAAUUUCAAGAAACUGUUACCGGUAUCAACCCAUUGAUCAGGCUACUAAACUAAGUUAUGGCUUAACCAGAUUAGCAGUCAAACGAUCAAACUUUUUUUCCCCGAACGAAUGAAUUUAUUAGUUUAGGCUCAGCAAUUUGUGAGCCACGAAUGAAUUUAUUAGUUUAGGCUCAGCAAUUUGUGAGAGCCAGAACAAUUCUAAAUGUUUUCAAGAAUUUUUUUCUAUGGACAUUUUGAAGAAAGAAAUCGUACCUCUCGUUCAAAUGCGGGAGCUUCAAUUUUUCCACUGAUUCACCAAACUUUUGUUCCCGGUUGUAUGUAUAUUUUGGAAAUAUAUAAUGGACUGAAAUUUUCGGGCUUUUUAGAGAUGGUGUGUUUCAUAUUUCAUUAUGUGAUAGGUUUUUACAUAUUUUGUCAUUUUUAUAUAGAUCGAUUAGAAUAUUUUGUAGAAAUGGAUUAUUACCAUUAACCGUAAUUGUAAAAACGUCUGUAUCGUCUGCUUUAAAAAAUUAAGAUGGUGAUUGUAUGUGUUUAAAGUUUGUUUCGAAAGAUCAAGUGUGAUUUUAUAUGAUUGGACAUUUUAUCUAAAGGGUAUUUAUUAUUGGUUGUGGAAAAUGCACACAAAAAUAUUUUGUGUUUGAAAAAAUAUGAACAAUAAAUAUUAUGACUUUCAUGCAUCAGGUGAUUUAUGGCUAUUCGAUUAUUAAAACAAACAAUGGGAGUAUAUACGGACAAAUAAAUUUAAGACGAAUGAAAUGA